AGAAAAAGAUAUGGGUAUGUCUACGAAAUUAAUGAAGGCUAUUAUAAUAUAUGUGGCUCUUAUAAUGGUAUUCUUCACAUUUGCAACACUCAAGACCAAUGCAGAAGAUGUGAUAAGCUACGAAGCUCUCAAACAAGAUCAUGCAUGGGGAUGUAGUCCAAAGUAUCCUAGAUUAUGUCUCAAACAAAAGGCCAAUCCCUAG